AUGCAACAACCUUCUUUUGCGAUACUGAACACACCAGCCAGUUUCACAAAGCCCAACUUCCUUGAUCCCCAUGAAGUGCAGGAGAGGCAGCCCAUCUCCCUCGUGUACAAGGACAAGAGCUGGCAGAAGACCAUUCGCUACUUCCUCACGCGCCACGGCCAGAGCAUCACCUCCCUCCACCUCAUCUUCACCAACUUGCAGCAGCUCCCCACCCUCCGCCCCUUGAUCGCUCGCUGCAGUCCCUCCCUCUCCUCCUUCAGCAUCAAGCUGCGGGGCUUCGUGGACAGCGACGAGGAGCAGGAGGACGAAGCCUGGACUCUCGACUUCCUCACCGGCUGCUCGCGCCUGCACCAGCUGAAGCUGGGCCGGGGCAUGUGGAACCUUGACGAGAGCUGUGCGAAUGCAGCGUGGGUGAGGUCCAUCCGCUGCCUGACCCUGAAGCACAUGGAUAGGAGAUAUAGAAACUACAAGUUCCUCGAGUCGAUCACGCCGCAGCUGCACGAGUUCACGCUCUACGAGCACUGGCACCUCUCUCAUGGGCCCGUCUUUGGCUCCCACGUCAUGGAAUUCAACUUUUCCAAUGCCCGCCUCCUCCGCUUCCGCUUUGCCAGCAACGAGCUCAAGCUCAAGCUCACCGUGCCGCCCUCACUAAAGAGCCUAUCGGUGAUGGCCAAGUGGCUCGUGCUUUCCUGCAAGAGCACCGCCCCUCUCGCUCUCGACCACCUCUCGUUGUAUGGUCAGGAGCGCCUUGUCAUCUCCUCCCUCCACAUCGCAUCCGCGCGAGCCGUGUACCUCAAUGGGCCGGCCAGCGAUGAGGAAUCCAGCUGCCCGAGGCUCUCUGCUCAGCUGCCCCCUUCCUGGCAGCAUGUUCCAUACGGCAUCUCUAACUUCUCCUGGACCAACUGGCUGGGCUCCAUAGCGCAAAACGUUGAGGUACUUAUAGUGAGGCAUGGGAUCCCGAUUGAGGAGGUGGAUGAGGUGUGGAGGAACCUGCGCAGCCUUGGGAUUGUCGCGCACGCGAAGGGGGAGCAUAGUAAGGAGUGGGAGGCGACGCUGGAGAAUGACAGGGCGUUUAUGGAUGAUGGGGAGUAUGAUGAUGAUGAUAUGGAUAAUUAUGAUGAUGACGAGGAUAGUAUCAAGCUUCCCUCCAUCCGCGCUCCGAAUCUUCAGUUCCUGUUCUUCCCUUCCAGCAAGGCGUGUAAUGCGUCCACACUGGCUGCACUGCGGCAGGACUACCCCGCCCUAGCGCUCUACUGUGUGGUGGACCGUUCGUUCUACUGGCACAGGAAGGGCGAGAGGGUGAGCAAUGCGCCGCUCAAGCAUGUGCGGCAGGCAAAGAGCGGGAUGCUGCGGCAUAGGUUUCUUGAGAAGAAGCCGAAGAAUGUUAGGGAGAAGAUGUACAGUGUGAACAGGAAGCUGGUGGAGGGGUAUAGAGUUGAGGAGGAUGAGGCUCAUAUAGUUUCCGCAUCUCCCGCCGCCAUCCCCGCAUCCCUCAUGUCUCGGAAAAUCACAGCCACCGCUUUGAGGUCCCCACCAGGUGCCUCCGCCGCAUCAGGCGCCGCAUCAGGCGCCGCAUCAGGCGCCGCAUCCGGCGCCGUACCCGGCGGCGCAGUUGCGGCGCGAAAUUCAGCCGGCAGCUCAGGAACCACUCCAGGCCUGCGGAGCGGCAGAGGCGGCAGGGGGAGGGCGGUGGCGGCUCGCGCAAGUGGCGGCGGUGGGGGGGAAGCAGAGGCAGCGGGGGGAACGGGCGGAGGCAUGGUGCUGGCCGCCGUGCUUGUCGCAUGCAUUGGCGCAUUCGCCUUCGGUUACCACAUCAGUGUGGUGAACGGGCCGUUGGAUCACAUCCUCGUCAGCAUCGGCGCGCCUGGCAACUCCCUCGUAGGAGGCUGGGUGGUGAGUGCAUCGCUGCUCACAGCAGCGUGUGGCGCGCUCUCAGCCGGCUGGCUCGCCGACUCUGUGGGCAGGCGAACCACCUUCCUGCUGCUCUCGCUGCCCCUCGCACUCGGGAGUGCUCUCAGUGCCACAGCGUCAUCGGUGCCACAGAUGCUGGUGGGGCGUGCGCUCACAGGGCUGGCCUUUGGCGUCAUCUCCUGUGUUGUGCCCGUCUACAUCUCCGAGAUAGCGCCAGCAUCAGUGCGGGGUCGCCUGGGCUCGUUGAACCAGCUGGCCAUCUGUGUCGGCAUCCUCGCUGCUCUGCUCGCUGGUCUGCCCCUCGCUGCCAACCCCUCCUGGUGGCGGCAGAUGUUUUGGAUUGGAGUGGCACCAGCGGCCGCCCUGGCUGCUGGCAUGCUGUGGGCGCCUGAGAGCCCGCGGUGGUUGGCUAAGGUGGGCAGGAUUGACGAGGCCGAGAGGCAGCUAAAGCGCCUGCUGGGUCCCUCCCAGGCUGCUGCUGCUGCAGCGGAGCUCUCCUCCUCCUCGCCUCAACCUGUUGCCUCCGCCAAGGGAGCAGCAGGUGCAGCGGUGGAUGGGUUGGCGGAGGCAGAGGCAGGUGUUGCGAGGAAACGGGCAGACGAAGCACCUGCCGCAUCGUUCUUCACCCUCUUUUCGAAGCGCUACCGCAAAGGCACGGCAGUCUCACUCAACCUGGUGGACCGUCAGGGCCGCAAGAGCCUGCUCAUGGGGUCCUUUACCGGCAUGGGCUGUUCGAUGCUGCUUCUAGCCCUCACGCUCUCCUUCCCGCCACUCCAGCCCGUAGCAGCGCCGCUCUCUGUGUUGGGAACAGUCGCCUACGUUCUCUCCUUUGCCAUGGGAGCCGGACCCGUGCCGGCCCUACUCCUCCCCGAGAUCUUCCCCUCCAACAUCCGCGCCUCUGCUGUGGCAGCAGCGCUCACCACGCACUGGCUCUGCAACUUCGUUAUAGGCCUCUCCUUUUUAGGGUUUGUGAAGGUGGUGGGUGUGGCGGCAGCGUAUGUGGGGUUUGCGGCGGUGUGCUUUGUCGGGGUGGUGUUUGUGCGCGCGUGUGUGGUGGAGACCAAGGGGCGGAGCUUGGAGGAGAUUGAGCGGGAGCUUAUUGGUAGUGACGCUUAG